CAAGCAUGGGUGUAAACGGACGGCCGCAGCACCGCGGCUGAAAAUUGAAAAAAAAUAUAUUAAAAAACCGCUGUGUCAUAAAAAAAAGUUAUUAUAUCAUGUGAAUAGGUGGUUAAGUGGUGAUUAAUAAUGGGAGUUGACAGCGCGCCUCCGCAGAAGCCAGUAUUACAGAAUGAAGCAGGGUCUGGCGAGGGUCCUGGUCCCCCCGUCAACAACAACACAGAGGGUGCGGUUGCUAGCCCUCCCCGAGACGACAACCACAACGCGCAGCUUACAACGCCACGAGCCACGCCACUCACACCGUCGGAUAUUUUAAAGUUAUAUGGGGAAAGAUUAACGGCGUGGGAAAGGACAGAAGUACGAAAGUAUCCCGAAGUCUGGUUCUUGGGGCUCGAGGCGAGCAAGGUCCAGGCGUGGUCCACGUUACCCAACAAUUGCGGCUUUGAUGAUGAGAACGGCAGUUACAACAAAAAAAUUCACGACCACAUCGCAUAUCGGUACGAGAUCCUCGAAGUGAUCGGCAAAGGAUCAUUCGGUCAAGUGAUAAGAGCACUCGACCACCGCAGCGGUAACCAGGUCGCCAUCAAGAUCAUCAGGAAUAAGAAGCGAUUCCAUCACCAGGCCCUGGUGGAAGUGCGGGUGCUGGACCACCUCAGGUUGAAGGACAAAGACCAAACGCACAACGUCAUACAUAUGCUGGAUUAUUUCUACUUUCGAAAUCAUCUCUGCAUCAGUUUCGAGCUUAUGAGUAUUAAUCUCUAUGAGCUGAUAAAAAAGAACAAUUACCAAGGAUUCAGCUUAAGCCUCAUCAGACGGUUCUCGAGUUCACUUCUUCGCUGUCUGAGGCUACUCGAAGCGGAGAAUAUUAUUCAUUGCGACUUAAAACCUGAAAACAUAUUGCUCAAAGCCCGAGGAAGUUCGUCGAUCAAAGUCAUAGAUUUUGGGAGCUCGUGCUACACACACGCCCGCGUCUAUACCUACAUACAAUCUCGGUUCUAUAGAAGCCCGGAAGUGAUCCUGGGCUUGCCGUACGGCACAGCUAUUGAUAUGUGGAGUAUGGGUUGCAUUUUAGCCGAACUUCACACGGGUUACCCGCUGUUCCCGGGGGAGAACGAGGCGGAACAGCUCGCUUGUAUCAUGGAGCUGCUUGGUCCACCCCCGCCUGAUCUCCUACUGCAUGCUACACGGAAACGGCUGUUCUUUGAUUCAAAAGGUUCACCGCGAUCUGUGACCAACUCGAAAGGUCGAAAGCGGAAACCUGGAUCGAGAACUCUCUCUACAGCUGUCCAGAGCAACGAUCCAGCCUUCCUUCACUUUUUACAUCGGUGCUUAGAAUGGGAUCCCAAACGUCGUAUCACGCCUACAGAAGCAACUCGCCACGAAUUCGUAACCGGCUGUCCUCUCGGAUCAACGCCAUCUGGACAGUUGGCAUUACCUCGUCUGCCUCCUCCUAGACCUGCGAGGACAGCUCUCUUACAUUCUCAAUCAGCUGGCGACGUGGCCGCCAUGUUGGGACGAGCGUGACCUAAGGAUAGAUGAGACAGAGUUGGGUCCGGAGGCCUAUAGCCUUUGGUUUCUCGUCUAUUGCUUUGUAGUUCAAUUUGUUUCAGCAUACAAUAGUCAAGUUUAUUAUGAUGUUAAGUGAUGAACUUAUUAAUUUUUAAGUCGUACUCUUCGCUUUGAUAGGGAAAUUGUUUAUGCGUUGACGAGAAAUUUAUCAGAAUAAUUGUAUCUGAAAAAACGUAUUG